AUGGCUGCUCUUCGAUCAGCGCCAUGGGCAACUCUACCUCGCAGCUUACGGUCAGGACUACGCCAACAACGAACCUCCCUUAAUCCCAUACAUAUCAGCUCCAGACAGCAGUCACGAUGCAUAGCGAGCUUCACAGACCCUCGCCAUGCCAAAGCAAUAUCAGUCCUGCCGACCUUGGUCGACAAGUCCAGCCAGGAAUACAAGGACAAUACAGCGAAUUUUGAGUCCAUCAUGCAGAAAUACGCAGAUCUACAUAGCAAGAUCGCGCAAGGAGGUUCUGAGAAAGCUCGACAGAAGCACACGGCACGAGGGAAGAUGCUGGCUCGCGAUCGAGUGACCGCUCUGAUCGAUCCGGGUGCGCCGUUCCUCGAGCUAUCGCCUUUAGCGGGACACGAGGUUUACGGAGAAGAUGUACCUGCGGCAGGUAUCAUAACUGGGAUUGGCACAGUCGAGGGCGUGACAUGCAUGAUCGUCGCCAACGAUGCGACUGUAAAAGGUGGAACAUAUUAUCCUCAUACAGUCAAGAAGCACCUCAGGGCUCAAGAGAUUGCACAGCAAAACAGGUUACCAUGUAUAUACAUGGUCGACUCUGGUGGUGCCAAUCUGCCCAACCAGGCCGACGUGUUUCCAGAUCGUGACCAUUUUGGGCGCAUUUUCUACAACCAGGCGCGUAUGAGCUCGCUGGGAAUACCGCAAAUCUCAGUUGUUAUGGGACCAUGUACAGCUGGUGGUGCAUAUGUGCCUGCAAUGAGCGAUGAGAGCAUAAUUGUUCAAAACCAGGGCACUAUCUUCUUGGCAGGACCACCUCUCGUCAAGGCUGCUACGGGAGAGGUGAUAUCUGCUGAAGAUCUGGGCGGUGGUCAGCUUCACAGCUCUGUCUCAGGUGUGACAGACUACCUUGCUGUCAAUGACGAGCAUGCCAUAGUGUUAGCAAGGAGGUCCAUAGCUAACCUGAACUUCCCAAAGGAGCAGCCAGCACCCAACGAGGUCGUAGAGCCACUACACGACUCCAACGAGCUGGCGGGCGUCGUCGGCACGAACCUCAAGAAACAGAUUCCAAUGCACGAAGUAAUUGCCAGAAUAGUCGAUGGAAGCGAAUUCUCCGAAUUCAAAAAAGACUACGGCACGACCCUGAUCACAGGGUUCGCUCGCAUCCAUGGUUACCCUGUUGGGAUCAUCGCAAACAACGGCAUCCUCUUCUCGGAGUCUUCACUCAAAGGCUCCCAUUUCAUCGAAUUGUGUUGCCAGCGCAACAUACCUCUAAUCUUCCUCCAAAACAUCACCGGAUUCAUGGUUGGCUCCGACGCUGAAAAGGGCGGAAUUGCCAAAAACGGUGCGAAACUGGUCACAGCAGUCGCAUGUGCAGACGUACCCAAGUUCACCGUCGUAGUUGGCUCGAGUGCAGGUGCAGGCAACUACGGUAUGUGCGGUCGGGCAUACUCGCCUCGAUUCCUGUGGAUGUGGCCCAACGCCAAGAUCGGCGUCAUGGGUCCUGACCAGCUCACGGCCGUGAUGGAAACGGUUGGCAAAUCUGUUGAUCCUGAGCUCAGAAACCGUAUAGAGCGUGAAAGUGACGCUGCGUUUUCAUCAGCGAGACUGUGGGAUGAUGGGGUCAUUCCUCCUGCACAGACACGACAUAUGUUGGGCAUGGGGUUGAAGGCUGCGCUGGGUGGUAGUACAGAGAGGCAAGCAACCAAGUUCGGCGUUUUUAGAAUGUGA